AUGGAUCAUCCUCCUGGAUUUACACCAAAAAGCGGUAAAGGUUUGCAAAUUGAAGAAGGCUUUAUAUGGAUUGGAGCAAUCACCAAGUGCAUGGUAUGGUUUGGGAUAUUUAGUCAUUUGAUGAAGAAGUAUGGGUUCAAGCAAGCUAUGACUAACCACACUCUAUUUUACAAGAGAGUUGGUACUGAUAUUACCCUUCUUAUUGUUUAUGUUGAUGAUAUGGUUGACACAG